AUGGCUUCGGCGCCUACUGUGCCGUUGGGUCAACGUAGACCUAUGGCUGUCUACGCAAAUGCUUUCGACGUAACACAAAUCCCAGUCAAAGCGUACGAGCAAUAUGAUGUCGGUGCUGUUCGAUGGAGACAUCGAAUAGUCGAAAGACUCCAAAACCACGAAGCACCCAGGGUCUUUCGCCUGUGUUUGUUUGACGGAAAGAGCAUUUUAUACUCUGCGGCGCCGCUGGAUCUUCCCGAUGGCACUUCGGGAAACUACACGCUUGUUGUUCCCGGCAAAGGUCGGGUUACGGUUAAGGUAGCUCGUGUCGCAGGCGAAACAGUGACAUUCGAUGACCUCAAAAAAUUCCUCACCGGAAAAAUCAGCGAUCAGACACCAAAGGUCUCCGUUGCACUCAAUCUCCUUCAAUUCAUCAUUCGCCAAGCCCCGAAUCUAAAGUACCCGAAUAAUGGACGAGCGUAUUUUACCAGCGGCGGCUCAAAAGAUCUUCGCGGAGGUCUUCAGCUGUUUCGUGGAUUCUUUCAGAGUGUCAGACCAGCAAUCGGUAGAGUUCUCGUGAAUGUCGAUAUCAGCGCAGCCGCAAUGUAUAAACCGGGACCGUUUGUGGACGUUGCUUUAGAGGUAUUGAACAUUCGAGGGAAUGCACGCGCUCUCAGCUUCAAAAAGCAUAGCAAAGAAUGGAAUAUUCUCAGCCAAUUUUUCCGAAAUCUCCUUGUGGAAAUAAAGUUACCAAAAAAAACUGUGACGAAGAAAAUUGUUGGUCUCGUUGAAGCCGCUGGACGUUUUCCGUUUACUCAAGAAUCAGAAGACGGCUCAUCCCUUCCCACAACUGUGGAAGAAUACUACCACAAAACAUACAACAUACGCCUAGCAUUUCCUGACAUUAUCGGCAUUGAAUUGAGCCGUGGGUCUGGAAAAAACACCGUCAUCCCGGCCGAACUCUGCACUGUGGCUGCAGGCCAGCGGUAUAACCGUAAACUACCGCAGAACAUGACGAGCAUGAUGGUUGAUUUUUCCAAAUUUAGGCCAGAGAAACGGUUGGAAAUGAUCGUUGGCCAGAAAGGCGACCGAGUCCGACCUCCCACGCUUGAGUAUGCCACGUCACCUUAUAUCCAAGACGCGGGAAUGGAAAUCUCGGAGAAACCGAUUACAAUACAAGGUCAACUUCUCAAGGCACCUACCAUUUUCUAUGGCAAAAAACAGUCUGCGGCAAGUGUGAAAGCUAAGCCGUCAUACAAACGAGGUAAUGGUGUCGGCUCGGUAGACCGGGAUAUCAAGGAGGCAUGUGCGCUGGCAUUGGUUUCAGCUGGAGCCCCUCGUGGUUAUAACAAGCCACCUGAGAUCGUGCUAGUUAUCCUGCCCCAAUCUGCCGCUGAUAUCCGCCAAGAUGUUAAGAGAGCGGGGGAUGUCACCCUUGGCGUGUCUACUCAGUGUGUGCGGGAAGACAACAUUGCAAAGUUUUCAGGGAGACAACUUGACCAAUACUGUAAUAACAUCGCAAUCAAAAUCAACGCUCGGUUAACGGGAGUGAACUCCAUCCCAUCAUCACCUGCAUAUGAUUGGUUGACCAAAGAAGAUUUCAUGUUUUUUGGGGCCGAUGUUGGCCAUCCUGGAGCUGGUGUCCAGAACAAGCCCUCAGUUGCCAGCGUCGUUUUUUCAUAUGACCGGCACGGCGUCAAGUACAGUGCAACAUCGAGGGUACAGCAGCCGCGACAGGAGAGAAUAGGCGAACUCGGUCCUAUGGUUUAUGACGCCAUUACACGAUAUGGCAAGGUCAACGGGAAAGCCCCGAGAAGACUCAUGUUCUUUAGAGACGGUCUCUCUGAAGGUGAAUACGCAGGUGUUGGUGAACUAGAGUUCCAAGACAUUAAAGAGGCUGUGAGAAGGGUUUGGGCUGAAGUCAAAUUAAAUGAUCCUCCACCUCUAAUCACCUACCUUAUCGUGGGCAAGAGGCAUCACGUUCGCUUCUUUCCCACAAAUCCUCAAGAUGGAGAUAGAAAGAGCGGCAAUGUGCAAGCUGGGUUUGUCGCCAGUGAAGGUAUUGCCAAUCCAAUUGCCAAGGACUUUUACCUUUUGUCCCACGGUGGGAUACUUGGAACAAGCCGACCUGCCCACUACAUAGUAUUGAAGGACGAGAUUUUCAAUUUCGAUAUCAGGCCCAUACAAGAGGUAGCAUAUACUCUUUGCCACGCGUAUGUGAGCGCAACUCGAUCCGUCUCCAUACCUGCCCCUGUGUAUUAUGCGGACAAGGUCUGCGCUCGCGCCGAGUAUCACUUUGAUGCGAGUUUACGGUACAUCGACAGCGAUGGUGCAACUGUAGCGAGUUCGAGUACUUGUGAGAAGCAGUCGUUUAACCUUAGCCAGUGGCGAUCAGGCUACGCACAAACCCACUCGUCCAUGCUGGCCAGGAUGUUUUUCGCAUGA